CAAAACUACUAUACAUCCGAUUGGGGAAAAGCUCCCAGCCAGUCAGCUCUUUCUCCCAGACCAGCGGAUCCUAUCGAUGGUGACACCUUAUUUGAAGCCCAAGAAAAUGACUCGGCCAGCAGAUGGAAUAUCUCCGAAUCAAAAGUUUGCGGCAGUGUUAGAGUACUACGCUUGCGGAAGUCUGCAAAGGCACAUCGCUUCUGUGUAUAGGAUAAGUAAGCAACAUUUUGGUAAAAUAAUUGAUGAGGUUUCGAUUGGCCUCAUAUCAGCAUUAAAUGAAUACAUUUCACCAUAUGAUGACAACGUCAUGAUUAAUGCUGCAAAUGACUUCAACUACCAAUGGAAUUUUCCAAAUUGUGUUGGAUCAAUUGAUGGAAAACAUAUUGCCAUUAAAUGUCCUCCCAAAGCUGGUAGUAUGUUUUUCAAUUACAAGGUAAAGUGAUAUAAAUUAUAGAUUAUCAAAAA